AUUGUGGGCAACUACCUGAUCUAUGAGAAUGAGGUGGUGUAUACCAGAGCACUGUUCCCACCCAAUGCUCCAGUCAUCACCAGGGACUCUGAAUACAGGCUGACCGUUCGUUGCCGCUACCCCCUCAAUGACACGUUGGAGCUGGUAGCUGAAAGGAAGGCUGCCCCUGCCCCCUACUCUGUCAAAGGGUUAGGAUCCCUGCAGUUCUAUCCUUACAGCCAAGGGGAUGGAGGCAGCAGGCCAUUGAGAGAUGUCCUGAAUCUGAAGGCCCGUAUAGCAAGAGAUGUGUCCUACUCCCAGUUCUACUCUGCGUUCCCUGUGUCCCAGUCUAUGCUGGCGCCACUGUUCCUAGAGGUUGAGCUCCUGCACCCCCAGAACCUGGCCGACCAGCUCAUUCUGCAGGACUGCUGGGCCACUGAGAGCCCUGAACUGGAUGCCAGCCCUCAAUGGGACCUGGUCACUGACAG